AGAGCUGCAGUCGUCCCCGAGCGUUCGUUUCAGACGGACAGAAGAGAAGAAGCAGCGGAGGACAAACCGCCCCUGGAAAUAUAAUAGAGGAGAGAGACGAGGCGAGGGGAGGACCUGCUGCACAUGAGACCUGCUGCACAUGAGAUGAGACCUGCUGCACAUGAGAUGAGACCUGCUGCACAUGAGACCUGCUGCACAUGAGACCUGCUGCAGAGACAUGGAGAGGUCAGAUGUGACAGGGAAGUCCAAGAGGAAGAGGAGGAGGAGGAGUAAAGGCAAAGAAGCAGGCGACAUGUUAUCAGCCCUCAUCCUUCCCGUCCGACACUGGGAUGCUGGAGCAUCGUCGGCCGAGGACGUCGACAAUUCAAGCACAAGCAGUUUGGAGGUCAAAGAGAACCAGGAUGAUAAGAUCCAGGCGGACGGCGACCUGCUACGAAAGCACCGCCCAUCAGCGUUUUGCACAACUUCCCCCCGACGCAGGCCGAGGGCCGCGAAGAGGAAGCAGCCGCUGGUGGACGGAAACGAGCGGCCGCUCCGCCAAAGCCACCCGACUUGUAAACGCGCCGCCUGGGCCGUCACGCAGAAGAACGCGCUGGUGCAGCUGAACGAGCUGCGACCCGGGCUGCGGUAUGAGCUCAUGUCCAAGACGGGCCCCCUGCACGCCCCGCUGUUUUCUGUGGGCGUGGAGGUGAACGGCCUGCGCUUUGAGGGCCGGGGGCCGACAAAGAAGCAGGCCAAGAUGCGGGCUGCAGAGCUGGCUCUCCGCUCGUUCAUCCAGUUCCCCAAUGCCUCGCAGGCCCACGCCGUCAUGGCCCACUUCACCAGCACUCCCACGGAUUUCACGGCAGAUAAACUGGACGUCCCUGAGGCGUCGCCGUUGCAACGCCGCAAUCUCCUGCACUGCGACGCAGCGACGGAGAGGGUGUUCUCCAGUAUUUACAACCACAAAGGACUUGUUCAUCUCACACUGGACUUGGUCUCCUCAACCAAUCCAAAGAGACGGGCCCUCGGCACCUCGCUCUUGGAGCACCUCAGCCCAGUGGCGCUGCUCCACGAGCUGCGGCCGGCGGUCAGGUACAUGUGUCUGGCCGAAAGAGUCCACGGCAGGCCGAUGAGGAACUUUGUCAUGGUGGUCAGGGUGGAGGGGAGGGUGUUUGAGGGGUGCGGUCACAGUAAAAGACUGGCGAAAGCGCAGGCGGCAGCAGCUGCUCUGCAGUCUCUCUACAACAUCAGUCUGGGACCAGAGAAGAAGGUCAUGGGCCUCCAGGGCGGCCGAGCCAAAAGUCAACUACCUCAGUUCUUCGCAGAGUCCAUCUUCCACCUGGUGAGAGAGAAAUACGCCGAGUUGACGGACAGUUGCUUCUCCGCCUCGCACGCCCGUCACAAGGUGCUGGCGGGGAUCGUGAUGACCCGAGGGUUUGACCUCCGGUCAGCCCAGGUUGUGUCUCUGGCCACGGGGACAAAGUGUCUGGACCUGGACGAGGUGAGCGACCGCGACUCGACGCUCAGCGACUGCCAUGCCGAGGUCCUCAGCAGGAGGGCGCUGGUUCGAUUCCUGUACUCUCAGCUGGAGCCGCUGCUCUGCGAGUCGUCACACUGUGACGUCCAUUCGAUCUUUGUACCAAAUCAAGGUGGCGGCGGAUUGCGGCUGCGUGACGGCGUCCUCCUCCACAUGUACGUCAGCUCGUCACCGUGUGGCGACGCUCGACUCAACUGCCCCUACGAGACCACGUCUGCAUAUCCCGGCAGGAGGUUUGGCUGUCGCCUCAGGGUGAAGGUGCACGGAGGCGAGGGGACGCUGCCCGUCGCGGCGCGCAGGGCCAAUCGGCCGCAGGACGGUGCGUCGCCGGGCAGACGUCUGGUCACCAUGUCCUGCACUGACAAAAUGGCAAAGUGGAGCGUCGUUGGACUCCAGGGGGCGCUGCUGUCGCACCUGGUGGAGCCCGUGUACCUGCACAGCCUGACGGUGGGGGCGCUGGGCCACACGGGUCACCUGGGCAGAGCCUUGGCCCGCCGCCUCGCCCCCGUCGGGCACCUGCCCUUCCCCUACCGCCGGCGGCAGCCGCUGCUCAGCUGUCUGAGCAGCGGCGAGGGCCGGCCGGCCGGGAAGGCCCCGGACGUCAGCCUGAACUGGAGCCGCGGCGACGGAGGCCUGGAGGAGGUCAGCACCUCCACGGGACGGAGGAGGGACUCGGGGACGCCGUCGCAGCUCUGCAGGAGCUCCCUGUUCUCCCGCUGGCAGGGCCUGCAGCGGCAGGUGAAGGUAUCGGGCGCAGGGGCCACAGCGGGGACAUGCGGCGCUUCCAAAAUGGCCGCCGGGCGCUACCAGAGGGCGUUGCAGCAGUUCACUGGCGCGCUGCAGGGUGGCGGUCUGGGGGCGUGGCUAAGGAAACCUCCGCAGACGGGUCACGUCAACUGACCAACUCCCUGACGAACGACAUCCAUAUUCUAAAUUUAACCAAAAAAACAAAGUCUUAAUCCCAAAAUGUGAGUGUUUUACCUUGAGGGGACCAGUGUCCCUGUUGUCCCCGGACCGGACCGGACCGGACCGGAGUCCCCACAUUGUAGCUGUGUGAACUCAUCUCUCUCUACCACCACAGCAGACGACCGUAUUAGAGGAAACAUCAGCUUCUGGUUCCUUUUACUGCAGAUGAAGUCACAAAUUUAAUUUCAUCUUUACUCGUUUGUGUUUGCGUUUUUCUUUUUUCCUUAUAGAAAAGACAAGUUCAGUAAUGUCGCACCUGUAUUACUCACCUGUUCAUUUGUCAAGUGUUGUCCGCCCUGGUGCAUUUUGAACAGUGUAGUGAAGUGCGAGUGUAUCGGGGCUCAGGAGUGUGAAGUCAAGUCGCCACCUAGGGGACGAUGAUGUGCAGCACAAGACGUGGAGUCCACACUUAACUGUAAAAGCAUCCUUAUAGUUUCUUGCUGUU